UUACGCGCCUCACCGUGAAUUCUCUGAUUUGUCUUGACAUUUGCACGUUGCACUCGCUCGCAGCAAAGCUCUCAACUUUACUUUACGAUUUCGCUACUUCCAGUUCUAGUAGUCGCAGAUUGACAGUGCAGCCUUCCUCUUGUUUCUUCUUUUGAGCAAGUUAAGUUCACUGUUUCAAGUAUUUUGGGAUCCACAAGGUGGGGACGUAAAGGAUUGGGUUUCCGAUGGAGACUGACAGACCUGACGGCCGGACUCCCAAUCAACUGAGACCCCUGGUCUGCUCCUGCUCCAUCCUACAUCGAUCCCAUGGCUCGGCCAGUUGGGCUCAAGGUGAAACUAAAGUGCUUGCUGCAGUUUAUGGGCCCAAAGCUGGAACCAAGAAGAACGAAAACCCCGAAAAAGCAUCCAUUGAAGUUAUUUGGAAACCGAAGACUGGACAAAUUGGAAAAGUGGAGAAGGAGUAUGAGAUGAUAUUGAAGAGAACUUUGGAAAGCAUCUGCAUUCGAACAAUAUAUCCCAACACCACCACUUCGGUUAUAGUCCAGGUUGUCCACGAUGAUGGUGCUCUUCUUCCAUGUGCAAUAAAUGCAGCAUGCGCUGCACUUGUGGAUGCCGGAAUUCCCCUAAAACAUCUUGCUGUAGCGAUAUGUUGUUCUGUAACAGAUAGUGGCUGUAUUAUAUUGGACCCGACCAAAGAUGAAGAGGAGAAAAUGAAAGCAUUCAUCAAUUUAGUUUUUCCAAAUACAAUUGUUUCUGUCCUCCCAGAGGGAUCACUGCAGGCGGGUAGUGAGCCUAUGGCACAUGGAAUCAUGACAUCUAUUACACAGGGUGCUAUGUCAGUGGAUGAUUAUCUUCACUGCCUAGAGCGAGGGCGUGCUGCUAGUGCAAGAUUGUCUGAAUUUGUGAGGAAGAACAUAGAACUGAAAUCUACAAGUGAGGCAUCUAAAGCUGGGUGAUUUUCCAAUCAUUUUUGGAUGUAGUUUACAUAUUUGUCUAAUUUUUCCCUGCAAGGGCUUGAGAGGAUGGAAUUUCUCUACAGGUAGUGCUACAUAUUUGUCCCAUUCAUGAAAAUAUAAUUUUUCUUGGUCGAUUAUAAAUUUGCCAAAGCUGGUUUGGUUAGUUCUCAGGAGUACUUCUGAACUUCAGAAUACACACAUUUUUUAUUUGUUUUCUCGUGAGAGUAACCAAUAAAUGAAAAUAGGCUUUGGAGAAAAAA